AUGGCUUCGAAAACACCCUCCAUCCGCGCCCUGUCGCGCUACCUCCUCCGCCCGCAAGCGCCCCACUCGCACUGUCAACACCAGCGCAAGCAAUACUCCGCUGCCGCAGCUGGUGCGCGCCUCAAUGGCACAGUCGAGUACGACACGACGCCAAUCCUGAACCACACGUCCAAAUCCACCCUGGCCAACCCUGAGCUGCCUGCCGAGAUUCGCAAAGGGCAGACCAAGCGCAUAAACCUCUACACCGCCGUCAACGAAGCACUGCGGCAUGCGCUGCAGACAGACGAGCGGGUCCUGGUGUUUGGGGAGGACAUUCAGUUUGGCGGUGUCUUCCGGUGUACCAUGAACUUGGCGGCAGACUUUGGUACAGAGCGCGUCUUCAACACGCCGCUGAGCGAGCAAGGCUUGGUCGGCUUCGCAGUGGGAGCCGCCGCCGAGGGCAUGAGGCCUGUCGCCGAGAUACAGUUCGCCGACUAUGUCUUCCCGGCAUUCGACCAGAUACACAACGAGGUGGCCAAGUACAGGUACCGCUCAGGCUCAACCGGAGCAAACUGCGGUGGGCUGGUCAUCCGCAUGCCUUCGGGGAGUGUUGGCCAUGGUGCAUUAUACCACACACAGUCUCCCGAGGCUCUCUUCACCCACACCCCGGGCCUCCGUGUCGUCAUACCUCGCUCGCCCAUUCAAGCCAAGGGUCUACUCUUGUCCGCCAUCCGCUGCAACGACCCUGUCAUCUUCAUGGAGCCCAAGAUCCUAUACCGCGCUGCCGUCGAGCAGGUCCCCGUCGAUGCCUUCCACCUGCCACUAGACAAAGCCGAGGUCAUCAAGCCGGGCAAACACGUCACCAUCAUCUCGUACGGAACUCCGCUGUACACAUGCUCAGCAGCGAUAGCAGCAGCCGAAAAGGACUUUGGAUGCAGCGUUGAGCUCAUUGACCUUCGCACAAUAUACCCCUGGGACCGAGAGACUGUUUUGAACAGCGUGAAGAAGACUGGCAGGGCCAUUGUGGUGCAUGAGAGUAUGAUGAACGCAGGUGUCGGCGCCGAAGUUGCUGCUACGAUACAGGAAAAGGCGUUUCUGCGGUUAGAAGCGCCCGUGAAGAGAGUAGCAGGAUGGGCGACCCAUACUGGGUUGAUGUUUGAGCAGUUCAUCAUUCCGGAUGUCACACCAAGUCAUGUCAUGGUUCACCAUUCCCUUGCACACUCCACCCCAUUCUACAUCGUCUCGCACCUCACCGUCGUCCAAACAUUGUCCUUCGUCGCUCUACUAUACGGACACACCUGUCUCGCCUUGUACACCACCUCCUCCAACUUCUCCUUCUCAAUACCCCGCACCCUAACCAACAAUUCCACCCUCAACCCCAUAUCCAAGUCCUUCAUCGACCCCACCAAAUGCACCGUGCUCUCCACAACACUGUCUUCAGGCUUCGAAGGCAUCUUGACGCCCAGCGUCGGCGCCACGGCGUUCAUGGCGGAUUGGAAGCACGCGCCGUAG